AAACCAACAACGGCUAACAAACCAGCGGAUGCUUUAUCUAGAUAGUUUGAGGAGGAGACACCUCAACUCACUGCCCUUGCAGUUACUCGUCCCAUUCCAGCAAUUUGGCAAGCCCUCCAAAGUGCUUAUGCUGAGGAUACAGACAUGACAAACCUGUUGGACUCCAUUCGGCAAGAUCAUGCGGCAUAUCCAGACCAUACCAUCCGAGAUCACAUUGUAUUAUUCAAGGGCCGUAUCAUGGUUCCUGCAAAUGGUCCUUUGCGCCAUCUAUUAAUCUCGGAGUUCCAUAAAACACCUGUGCGUAGUCACGUUGGGGCUCUCCGAACCUUCCACAGGAUCGUGGGCACCUUUCACUGGCCUUCACUGAAACAGAAGGUGCGCGACUUCGUGGCAACUUGUCGAGUUUGUAAGACAGUGAAGCCGUUUAACAAGGCUCCUCAGGGCUUGCUGCAGCCUCUCCCAUUGUCGGGAAAAAUCUGGGAGUCACUAUCUCUAGAUUUCAUUACUCACCUACCAAAUUCGGGAGGAAAGACAGUUCGUUUAGUAGUCGUUGAUCGACUACUAAACAAGCUCAUUUCUCAGCUCUGCCAACACAAUUCACAGCACUCCAAGUUGCUGAGAUCUUUGUGAUAGAUAUUAUACGCCUUGGUGUCCGACCGAGACCCAUUGUUUAUGAGCCAUUUCUGGAGAGAACUGUUCGGGUUGCAAGGUACUCAACUCUCGAUGAGCAGCACCUAUCAUCCUCAGUAGGAUGGGCAAACAGAAAUUUUGAACAGAUAUCUUGAGGAUUACCUCAGAUGCUUCGCCGAUGAUCAUCCCAAACAAUGGUAUUCUCUGCCCGCCUGGGCCGAAUGGCAUUACAAUACAGCGUGGCACUGCGCCAUCCAAAUGUCUCCUUAUGAGGCGGUAUAUGGACAAACACCUUCCACUUUACUGGAUUAUGUGGGUUCGGGAACAACGGUGGAAACAGUCCAUAAUAUACUCCCGGAUCGCACCCGCGUGAUGACUAUCCUCCGGGAUAAUCUCCUUCGUGCCCAGCAACGCAUGAAGACUAAGGCUGAUACCAAGAGGACGGACACUGCUUUCAAGGUGGGCGACUGGGUCUUCCUCAAGCUGCAAACCUAUCAUCAACGAUCACUCACUCAGCAACCAUCCCAUAAGCUCUCCAAACAUUUUUUUGGACCUUUCCAAAUCUUGGAGAAAAUCGGUCCGGUGGCAUAUCAUUUGGAAUUACCGGAAUCAGCCCAAUUACACAACAUAUGUCACAUCUCAAAGCUCAAAAUUCGCUGAGGCGACCUUGUUAGUGCAAUAGCUUCCACUUCCAGGAGAAUUCAGGGAGAACCAACCGGUUUUCCAACCGAUAUCUAUUUUACAUUCCCGUAUUAUAUUACUUCGAGGACAGCCAGUCAAGCAAUACUUGGUGCAAUGGGAGAACCAUUCGGCUGUGGAUGCGACCUGGGUUACUGCGCAGGAGCUGCGCCAUAACUUUCUCCACUUCCGACUUGAGGACAAGUCUGGUUUUGAAGGGCGGUCUAAUGUACCGGUUAAUGGUAAAGAGAAAGAGGGCAAUGGUCAAAAGAAGGAAGGCAAGGGUCAACAAACAAAGGGGCUGAGGAGGAGCAACCGGGAAGCGGCAGUUGUCACGCGGUUUGGGGACUUUAUUAUGGGCUGAUUACUAGAGAUUACCUCGUAAUCAAUGAUGAUUGUAAUCCUUAACCAAUUGUAUGGCAUGUCGUGAAGCACAAGGUACUAAGAAUGAGUGGCAGACAGCCUAUCAUUCAAUUUCUAAUCUCUGUCUUUUUCUCUCUCUCUCUCUUCCCUUUCUCCCUUUUCCUCUCUACUUUUUCCCUUUUCUCUUAUUCCUUAUCUUCCCCAAAACCCUACCGCCACAUCAAGACUCUACACACACCAUAUUUGUGAAAAGAAUAACACUCAAAAUUAUACACAACAUAUCAAAGACCAAUAUGCAAGUUGAGCAAUUUUUUCACACGAAUGUUGGCAACGAUGACAUGAGCUACUCCAAAAACUCCACAAUCCAAAGUUUGAUACAAUCAGUGACCAAGUCAGAGAGGGAAAGAGCAGUGAUAGAAGCGUUCAAGAACACAUCCUGUCCUAAGAUCAUGAGUAUUGCGGACUUAGGUUGUUCUUCAGGACAUAAUGCCUUACUUGUGGUCUCUGAUGCCAUUGAUGCAGUGGAGUUAGUGUGCAAGGAGCUCAACCAGAAGCCAUUGCCAGAGAUUCAUGUAAUGUUGAAUGACCUACCAAGGAAUGAUUUCAAUACACUCAUUGGAUCAUUUGAAGAUUUCAAAAAGAAUCACGCCUGUUUCAUCUCAGUGGCUCCUGGUUCAUUCUACGGCCGUUUGUUUCCCAGCCAGACAUUGCAUUUUGUUCACUCUUCCACGUGCCUCCACUGGCUUUCUCAGGUUCCUGUGGAGCUUCAAAACGGAACCAAGUUGGGGCUAAACAAAGGAAAUAUAUACAUCUCUAAAACAAGUCCUCCUUUUGUAUUAGAGGCAUUCACCAAGCAGUUCGAGAGAGAUUUCUCACAGUUUCUCAAGUGCCGAGCUGAAGAAGUCAUUCACGGUGGUUGCAUGGUGUUUACACUGGUUGCAAGGAAAGGUGAAGAUCCAUCUGUUGAAGGUAUUUACCUCCAAUGGGAACUCUUGGCACAGGCACUCAUGGACAUGGUCUCUCAGGGUAUUGUGGAGAUGGAGAAAAUAGAUACCUUUAAUCUGCCAUUCUACACACCUACUUUAGAGGAAGUGAAGAAUGCUAUCAGAAGAGAAGGAUCGUUUGCCAUCAAAAGCAUUCAGAUGUUUGAUGUUGGGUGGGGUGAAGCAAGAGAUCAAGCUUGUGAACAUGAUGAUAAGGUUGAAGAUAAUGCAACCACUGCUCAAAGAAUGGCCAAGAGCAUGAGGGCAAGCUCCGAAUCAUUGUUUGUAAGUCACUUUGGAGCGGAACUAAUGGAUGAAUUGUUUGAGAGGUAUAGUAACUUCAUGGAAGGGUAUUUCUCUAAGUAUCCUGACGGUGCGCUUACCAACAUUUGUGCAUCUGUUCAGAGGAUUAAUGUACUGUAGAUAUGAGCCCAAGAAACUGUUGGAAGUUAAACUUAAACCUUUAAGUAUUGAAAAAAAUAAUAAUGUAGAGAAAUAAAAUGUGGGGCUACCUUUAAUAAGUUAGAUGUUUAUGAUUUACUAAUAUGAAGUGAAAAAGUCAUGAGUUGCUAUGUACAAGGAGUUUCUAGAAUAUUAAGAGUCCUUUGUAAAAUCUAUAUAAUGGACUAUUGUUAAUGAGUUUGUUAAAGAAGAAAAGUUUA